CAACCCCCAAAACGCUCCUUCUCAGCCACAUCUAUUCAAUUAGGCUCCAAAGCCAAAGCCAAAGCCAAAGCCGAAGCCAAACACAGAGAAAGAGACACAGAUCUCCUCCUUUCUCCCUCGCUUCAAAUUCUGGUUCAAACGCUCGGGCAGGGCACUAAGCUAGUUCUUCACUCAUGGGAACCGCUGGCACUGCAAACAAGGAUGUUCAUGCUAGCUUGGCCGGCAAAAAGCCAAUAGUUGUUUUUGUUUUGGGUGGCCCCGGCAGUGGAAAAGGUACCCAGUGUGCAAAUAUUGUCCAACACUUUCAUUACACCCAUCUCAGCGCUGGAGAUCUUCUCCGAGCAGAAAUUAAGUCUGGUUCUGAGAAUGGAACCAUGAUCCAGAACAUGAUCAAAGAAGGAAAAAUCGUUCCUUCUGAGGUCACAAUUAAGCUUCUCAAAAAAGCAAUGCUGGAAAGCGGUAAUGACAAGUUCCUUAUUGAUGGUUUUCCUCGUAAUGAGGAAAACCGUGCAGCAUUUGAAGCUGUUACAGGAAUCGAGCCAGAAGCUGUCCUGUUUUUCAAUUGUCCUGAACAAGAGAUGGAGAAGCGUCUUCUGAGUAGGAACCAGGGAAGAGAAGAUGAUAACAUGGAAACAAUAAGGAAGCGAUUCAAGGUUUUUCUAGAGUCCAGCUUUCCUGUGAUUGAAUACUAUAAGGCGAAGGGGAAGGUUCGAGAGAUUUAUGCUGCAAAGCCCAUUGAAGAGGUGUUUGAGGCGGUUAAAGUUGUGUUCACCCCAGAAGAUGAAAAGGUCACUGCCUAAGCUUUCCAACCAGUGAAAAAAUAGCAUAUUACGGCAAGGUUAUAUCAGAGUUUGAUUACUGCAUUCUAAUUUCGGAGGUUUUUGUAUCACAUAGCAUUUGGUCUAUAAUUACAUAAUAAGGUCCAUGCCUUUAUAUUCUUGUUAUUGUAAUGCUUCUAAUAACAUUGUUAAUGCUGAUAAUCACAAUAAAUGCUCCGUUCCCAUUAGUACUCCUGUUAUUAUUUGCG